CAAAGCGUCACAAAUUCAGACCGAACAAAGUGUAGAGUUUGUUCGGAUAAAGGAGCAGCCAUGCCGGUAGUAAGGGGAAAGAAACUCGUAGUGACUGCUGGGAGCAAGAUGCCCAAACUGAAUGCAACAACGAGGGAAAACCAGAUGGAGGGCCCCCAGGUGAAGAGGGCCUCAUCCCCUCCCCAUGGAGCCCCCAAGAAGAGGACUGCUUUCAUCGACAUUACAAAUGCUCAUAAGGUUACGAUCAGCCUUCCAGGGAGGAAGAAGAAGAACACGGUCAAGAAGCAGGCGAAGAAAACAAGCGCUACUUCAGUGUCGACGGAGAGCCAUGCAAACCUGGAAAAGUCUUCAUCUAUGAGCUCGGAGGGGACGCCGGCUGUGACGGAAGAACAGACUUCUAAGGACGAGGAGCAGGGGGCAGCAGCUCCAGUGGAAGAGCUGGAGGCUGCUGCGCCCCCUGCUGCCCCGGAGGUGCCGGCACACCUCCUGAAACAACAGAUCCCAGUGGAGUUUGACAUCGACUCUGAGAACUCUGAAGACUGUUACAUGUGUCCCGAGUACGCUAAGGACAUCUUCGACUACCUUAAAAAGAGAGAGGAGAAGUUUGUCCUCUGUAACUACAUGCCCAGUCAGCCCACCCUCAACCCAGAGAUGAGAGCCAUCCUGAUCGACUGGCUGGUGGAAGUACAGGAGAACUUUGAGCUGUACCAUGAGACUCUGUACCUGGCUGUGAAGAUGGCGGACCACUACCUCUCAAAGACCCCCGUCCACAGGGAGCUGCUGCAGCUGGUCGGCUCCACCACCAUGCUCAUCGCCUCCAAGUUUGAGGGAGGAGGCGGGAAUUUGCCCUUGCGUCCCGGGCGGAGAGACUCUCUCCCCCCGCCGGGCCACUUCCUCCCCCCGCCAGUCAGCUCCGGGAAGACGGAGCACCCCACCCGGCCGCUCUCUGCUGCUGAGGAGCCUGCCGAGGUCGGGCAACCCGUCCCCAUGAAUGCCGAGACGGAAGAAGGACAGAUGUGCCAGAAGAACUGA